ACAACAAACAACAUGUAUGACAGUUGACGUGUUAUUUCAAAACGACUUCAGUUCCACAAAAGCGAACACAAAAACCACGGUAGCAGGUUUUAUUUUUGGAUUAUCUACCACGUUUCGCACGGAAAUACGCUGCGCGACCUUGUUUCGAAACGGGCCAUUCAAAUUUAGAUCAUCUUAGUGCACUUUCCACGGAAAUAAAUGAGAAAAACAUACGUUUAACCUUAAACGUAUUCAAAGUUUGCUGCACCUCAGUGCUGUGGCUCAUGCCACAGAAAUAACAGACAAAAUGGGUGAAAAGGAAGACAAUGAUCUGGUGGUAAACAACACGAAAACUUCAAUCGAUAUGAACGAAAGUACUGAUGCAAUUGGCACAAAAACUAUAUUCUAUGGAGUAUACAUUCCUGCAGAUGUGCAAGUGCAAGAAACAGAUUUAUUCAUGAAUGUGUUUGAUAACAAAGUAGAAGCAUUAAAGCUUGUUAAAAAGUACAAAAAAGCCAGGUUCAAAGCAUUUGAUUACAGUAAAGAUGCUGUAGAAUUUGCUGAGAAUGGAUCUGAGUAUCCAAACACAGUUGUAGAAGUUGUCAAAAAUGGGGAUAGUCCUAGUGUUGGUGAGAAACACAGCCCAUUCAGGGGACCCACAUCACAAAAUUUGGUCAAGCUGAGGAAAGGAAUUGAGACUGGUGAUGUUGAUUUUGUUCAGAAGACUAUAUGGGAUAAUCCAAGAUAUUUGAUUGGGGCAGGGGAUACACCAUCAAUACUUCAAGAGGGAUUCAGAUAUAAUGCCCUUCAUGUUGCAGCAAAAGCCAAAAAUCCAAUAAUGUGUGAAUUGAUCUUAAACACAAUCUCUAAUAUCAAGUUCAUUAAGAAGCUUUAUGUAGAUGACAAAGAACCAGAGGAGAGGGCAAAAAUAUUGCUAGAUUUAUACUUGAACACACCAGAUAAGGGACUUAAUGAAACGCCCUUGCAUUUUGCUGUUAAAUUUGGCGCACCAAAAUGUGUUGCAGUGUUUGUUUCAUUUCCACAAUGUGAUAAAAAUUUACGAAAUAAACACGGGAACUUACCGAAAGAAAUUAUUUGUGAUAGAUAUGAUGGACCAGACGCAAAAAUAUUCAGUGAAGAAAUCGCUGGUCUGCUUGAAGAUAACUUCUACGUUCCAGUUCUCAGGUCAGAAGAUAAUUGUGCGCCACCGAUUAUCGGCACACCAUUUUCGCCCACCAGUCCACCAAAUUUUAAUCAAGAUCCGCUUAGUCCACGAAUGGAAAUUCACGCAUACGCCGGCCCAAUGAAUAAAGAAGGUGCAGAGAGAUUUCGGAAAAUGAUGAAGACGCCUCCAAGAAUAUUAAAUUUUGGCAGUCCACUACGUACACCAGCUACAAUUGCGUCUCUUAAGUUAAAAGAUCACGAAAAAGGUUUAGAACGACUCGGAAACAACCUCGCUAGAAAAAUGGACGUGCCUUGGAAAGAAUACUGGCCCUUCUUGGAUAGUUUCGUCGACCUUGCAUCCGAAGACGGUCUGCGACAAUUCGAGAACUAUUUAGCCGAAAAGAUGGCUGCCAAGUAUAACUGCGAUACCCCGUCACCGACAACAUCAGCAACACCUCCAUCACGUCAUAGUGGAGUGGGUAAGCUUCCAUGUUUUACCGAGCAUACAAGCUUAGCGGACCAAAUGGCGAGCAAUCGAAGCGCGGAAUGCAGCCCACUCACGGAGCUAUGUCGUGCGUUACAAGCAUGUAAAUUAAAUGAUAACAGCUACUAUUCGCCCAACAACAAUCACUCACACUCGAAUAUAAAUGGUGGUUAUACCAAUGGUGUUUGUGCUAUGAACAAUAAUGGCAACCCAAUUCAUCUCCGCGACUCGGAGACGAUGAACGGUCACGAAUCUCUUUCGUUGACCCUUAAUCCCACUUUGUGCAUUGAGAAAUCCCUGCAAGUUUUUGCAAAGCGUAUAUCCAAUGAUAUUAUUUAUCUUAUCGACGCUGAAAGUGAAACCUGUACGCUUAUAGAGACACAAGUUAAACAAUUGCAGUUGCUGAUGGUGAGCUACCGAUGCGACAAACGUUUCGAAACAGUUGAUAUUUCGAUUGCUCAUUCUCGCCUCGCGUAUUUGAUUAAAGCGCAACUCUCUAAAUAUCUGCACGAUAUGUCUGCUAAAGGAGUCAUGGAACGUCUAGCGUCCUGGCUGGAUUUCAGUGGCACGCACGGAGACUGUUUCUCUUCGGAUGAUGAAAGCGCACAAGGAGGCAACAGCCCAAUGCAUUCGAAAAGUCAGCAUACAAUUUGUCUGUUGAAAUGUUUGCGAGAAUUUUUAAGUAGCGAUUGUGUGCACGAAGAUAUUGUGUCCGAAACGCAAUGCGUAGACGUCUGGAAUCAUAUGAAACCGUGCGGGUGUACAUGGGAAUGUAAAACGAAAAAGCAAAAUGGCAGCAAGCGAUUGCAUUUGAAGAACAAAUUCGCUUCUUUGGUCCUGCACGAUAUACCCAGAAAAUUGUCGUUUGAAGAAAAUAAUCCUGAUGCGGUUAUUACAUAUGGAAAUAGUGAUACAUCAAGCAGUGAAGAGAUCGAUGACGACACCGAUGAAAUGUAUUACACCCCGCCUGGUACACCUAGUUUAUUAGAAGAUGAUCAAGAUGAUGAUGACAUGUUCCAAGAAACUCAACUUCCAGAUGAUGACAUAUACAUUGAAGGGGAUAUUCCAACUAAAAUCGACUACGCAGCAUUUAACGCCUUAAAGUACGCUGAAGCUGAUUUGAAUUCAAAAGACUAUCCCAAUAUAUGCCGAUGGCAUCAUGCUGUCGGCAUGUACAAUGAAAAGGAACGCGUUAGUUGGGCAAGUCCAAGUGUAGUAAAAUAUAACAUCGGAUCACCCAGUGUUACAUCAACUCCUGUAUCCCAUCGUACAAACCGUGGCAACCAAACCGCGAAAGACAUUCUCUCAUCUUCGCCACCGUACACACCGCCACAAUCAUGGCUGCGAGUGACCGGUGCCAAUUCACCGCGCGCCAGCCUGAAAUUGCAGCGAGGUAACGCCAGUUUUAAUACAUAAGCAAAAUUCAUGCGCGUUGCGUUUAUUAAAACUCGCAAAAGCAACAAGUUAUUGUUUCGAAGACAACGGUGAGUUAUUUAUGUGAAGUUAGCACAUGUUUUGUUCGUUCUACAACACGUAUUCCAGCCACUAUAAUCUAUAAAUUAUGUAUACCCGUCUUUAAAAAUGAGGUGGAAGUCCAUGUGGACAAUAUAUUAUGUAAUUUAUUUAUAAGAUAGUUUGAAAUGUUCCCUUUUGUUCUUUCUUCCAAUGGCAAAUGUGCAUUUUAUGUGUUGAAAUAUGUAAUUGAUAAGCGAAAUGAAAGCCGCAAAGAAUUCUAAAAACCGCAUAGUCUUCUAGUUUGUAAGAAAUAUGCAUUUAUGCAAAGCACAAAUCGAAAGUUUCAAAACAAAGAACUGUAUUAAAGAUUUUAGACAACAUUUACCAAGAAAUAAGACUGUUGAAUUAUAGCUUUCAUAUUAACUUGAAAACAAAAAUACUAAUCAACCUUUACAACAUUACUCUUUCAACUGGUUAAUAUUUGGGUGUUGGAGUAUAAAGUAAAGACUUCAGAGUUCAAAGAAGAAUUUGCUAAGAUGUGAAAUGUAUAAAAUAGUCAGAAAUGAAACGUGUUAACACAAUUUAAAUAAGUUAGGCGAUGAAGAUUGAUAUAUUCAAGUAAGUUUACCGCUGUAAAAUUAUGUGAUGAUUAUAUUUUUCUAUAUACUUAACAAUUAAACUAAUCACAAUAAAAAUAAAAUGCCAAAAAUUUAUACACAAUGGAUUUUACAGUAAAAUAAAAACGUAUAACAGAA